CCCCACUCCUGUGCCAUACCGGCAGGCUCAGCCUUGGGACGCGGCCACCGAGCAGAGAGUGGCCACUCGGGUGUUACCCUCCGCCCAAAGCUCGGCCUCAACCCUCGCGGGGGCUCUCCAUCCAGGUCCCUCUGCCUGCAGCACCUGUCACCAUGGUGGAGCUCAGCAGCAAAGUCAUCAAGACUCUCAACAAGACCACGCCAGGCAUCCAGAUAUGGCGAAUCGAGAACAUGGAGAUGGUGCCAGUGCCCACUAACAGCUACGGCAACUUCUACGAGGGUGAUUGCUACGUCCUGCUGUCGACACGCAAGACCGGGAGCAGCUUCAGCUACCACAUCCAUUACUGGGUGGGCAAGGAGUCAAGCCAGGAUGAGCAGGGAGCGGCUGCCAUUUACACCAUCCAGAUGGAUGACCACCUGGGCACAGUGGCAGUGCAGCACCGUGAGGCCCAGGGCUACGAGAGUGAGACCUUCCGUGCCUACUUCAAGAAUGGAAUCAUCUACAAGAAGGGGGGGGUGGCUUCAGGCAUGAAGCACGUGGAGACGAACACCUACAACAUCCAGCGCCUGCUGCACGUGAAGGGCAAGAAGAAUGUGAUGGCAGGAGAGGUGGAAAUGAGCUGGAACAGCUUCAAUCGGGGGGACGUGUUCCUGCUGGACCUGGGCCAGCUCAUCAUCCAGUGGAAUGGCCCUGAGAGCAACCGACAUGAGAGGCUGAAGGCGAUGACCCUGGCCAAGGACAUCCGGGACCGCGAGCGUGGGGGCCGUGCCAAGGUGGGCAUAGUGGAGGGAGAGGAUGAGGGCGCCUCGCCAGGACUCAUGCAGGUCCUCACACGCGUGCUGGGUGAGAAGAGGGACAUCAAGGCAGCCAUCCCUGAUGAUCAAGUAGACCAGAAGAUCAAGUCCUCUGUCAAGCUCUACCAUGUUUCCAAUGCCAGUGGCAACCUGGUUAUACAGGAGGUGGCAAUUCGACCCCUGACUCAAGACAUGCUCCUGCAUGAGGACUGCUACAUCCUUGAUCAAGGAGGUCUCAAGAUCUUCGUGUGGAAGGGCAAGAAUGCCAACAAGGAGGAGAAGCAGCAGGCAAUGAGCAGGGCACUGGGCUUCAUCAAAGCCAAGAACUACCCCGACAGCACCAGUGUGGAGACAGAGAAUGAUGGGUCUGAGUCGACCGUUUUCAGGCAGCUCUUCCAGAAAUGGACUGUCCCAAACCAAACCAGCGGGUUGGGCAAGACCCACACCGUGGGCAAAGUGGCCAAGGUGGAGCAAGUGAAGUUUGAUGCCACCACGCUGCAUGCCAAGCCCCAGAUGGCUGCCCAGCAGAAGAUGGUGGAUGAUGGAUCUGGGGAGGUGGAGGUCUGGCGUGUGGAGAACAAUGAGCUGGUUCCUGUACAGAAGCAGUGGCUGGGCCAUUUCUAUGGUGGGGACUGUUACCUGGUGCUUUACACCUAUUUUGUGGGGUCCAAGGUGAACCGCAUCAUCUACAUUUGGCAGGGCCGCCAAGCCACCACAGACGAGCUGGCUGCCUCCGCCUAUCACGCGGUCUUCCUGGAUCAGAAGUACAACAAUGAACCUGUGCAGGUCCGCGUCACCAUGGGCAAGGAGCCAGCCCACCUGAUGGCCAUCUUCAAGGGCAAGAUGGUGGUGUACACGGGUGGCACCUCACGAGCAGGCAAUGAGGAACCUGCACCUUCCACUCGCCUUUUCCAUGUCCAUGGCACCAAUGAGUACAACACCAAGGCCUUUGAGGUGCCCGUCCGUGCCUCUGCCCUCAACUCCAAUGAUGUCUUUGUGCUCAAGACCCCCGGCUGCUGCUACCUCUGGUAUGGGAAGGGCUGCAGUGGGGACGAGCGCGAGAUGGCCAAGACAGUGGCCGACAUCAUCUCCAAGACGGAGAAACAGGUGGUCGCAGAGGGACAGGAGCCAUCCGAGUUCUGGGUGGCCCUUGGGGGCAAGUCCCAAUAUGCCAACAGCAAGAGGCUGCAGGAAGAGGACUCCUCCGUGUCCCCCCGACUCUUUGAGUGCUCCAACAAGACAGGCACCUUUGUGGCCACAGAGAUUGAAGACUUCACCCAGGAUGACCUAGAGGAGGAUGAGGUUUACCUGCUGGAUACCUGGGACCAGGUUUUCUUCUGGAUUGGGAAAGGCGCUAAUGAGGCAGAGAAGGAAGCAGCAGCAGUGAUGGUACAGGAGUACCUGCGGAGCCACCCCAGUGGCCGUGACCUCGACACUCCCAUCAUUGUGGUGAAGCAGGGCUACGAGCCUCCCACCUUCACUGGCUGGUUCCUGGCCUGGGACCCUCUCAACUGGGCUGACAGAAAAUCCUAUGAUGAAUUGAAAGCUGAGCUGGGGGACGAGAGCAGCCUCGGGCAGCUCACCUCAGACUUCACAUCCAGGCAAGAGAUCUUCACUGCCACCACUCAGCUACUCCCCGACAAACUGGAGACCUUCCCCCUGGAUGUGUUGGUGAACACUGCUGCUGAGGACCUGCCACGGGGCGUGGAUCCCAGCAGGAAGGAGUACCACCUCUCCGACCAGGACUUUGAGGCUGUGUUCGGCAUGAGCCGCUCUGCCUUCAGCAACCUGCCCUUGUGGAAACAACAGAAAAUCAAGAAGGACAAAGGACUCUUCUAGGGCAGGAGCCUGUGCCUGACGACACCCCAGCUCGUUAUUUUUAUUAAAUAAAAUACAUUUGG